ACCUAUGGAGUAAAGUUGAUGUUCUCACGCAAUGCAUUUCUGGUGGACAUUGUUGGAGAAAAAAUCGGUCGAGUUCUAAAACUAGAUUCAAUUGGAGCUGGUCAAACGUGGAAAGGAGUAGAUGUACUGAUAUUUGACUCUUGGCAUUGGUGGCUUCACACAGGAAGAAAACAACCAUGGGAUUUCAUUCAAGAUGGGAAUCAAACAGUUAGAGACAUGGAUCGAUUGGUCGCUUAUGAGAAAGCAAUGAAAACAUGGGCCAAAUGGGUUGACGACAAUGUUAACCCUGCACAGACAAGGGUUUUCUUCCAAGGGGUCUCUCCAGAUCAUGAUAAUGCAGAAAAGUGGGGUGAACAAGCAGGACAGACAUGUUUGAGGGAAAGUAGGCCAGUUUUGGGAUCCAAGUAUCCAGGAGGAGCAGUUCCAGCAGAGUUGAGCUUACAGAAAGUAAUAAGAUCCAUGAAAAAGACAGUUGAAUUGUUGGACCUUACUACACUUUCACAGCUGAGGAAAGAUGGCCACCCUUCUAUUUAUGGUAAUGGAGGGCAUAGAGGUUUGGAUUGCAGCCAUUGGUGUCUUCCUGGCGUUCCUGAUACUUGGAAUAUUCUUCUCUAUGCUGCUCUCAUGCAAAAAUGACUUCCUAUUCUUCGUUAAAACUAAAAUGUGUU